GAAGUUUAACCGAACGAAACGAAGCUUCGAUCGCCAACCAAAACUUGCCAAGGUCGAUUGGAAAAUACUGUGGUGUGGUGUGCAAAGACARCUCAAAAAUAACACUCUUGACCGUCUUUACAAGUAAUUUCUCUCCAAAAUCAACAUGCCAGAGCCUGAACAACCCAAAGAGGCAGCAAAAGAUGCUCCUCCUCCGAAGGAAGUUCAGAAAAAGAUCCCUAAAAAUCGGAUACUGUGUAGAAUAACGUGUUUGGAUAAAAAUUUCCUGACGGCUGAACUAGCGAAAAACUCCAAAGGUUUAGAUCUUAUGCGAAGAGUCUGUGAUCAACUCAAUAUUCAAGAGAGAGAGUACUUUGGAUUGCUUUUUGACCACAAAAAAGAAAAGUACUGGCUCGAUCCAAGGAAGGAGAUCAAAAAGCAACUAAAAGGCUCUCCCCCAAAUUUCAUUCUUGCUGUCAAGUUCUAUGAGCCGUAUCCUUCCCAACUGAAGUCCGACUAUACGAGGUACAUGCUAUGUCUUCAAGUCAGAGAUGAUAUCAACUGUGAGAGACUGCCAUGCUCCUUUGGAUCACAAGCUUUACUUGGUUCCUAUAUUGUGCAAGCUGAGUUAGGAGACUAUGAUCCUAGGGAUCACAGAGGCAAUUAUCUAGAAGGAAUGAUCUUUGGUCCUAAUCAGACUAAUGAACUUGUUGAGAAGAUCAAGGAGUUGCACAGAGAAAAUAGGGGUAUGACUCCAGAACAAUGUGAUACCCAGUAUCUGGAAGCAGCAAGAAAACUGACCAUGUUUGGMGUUGAUGCUCAUCCAGCAACUGAUGGCAAUAACGAUGAAGUCCUAGUAGGUGUAUCUUAUGCUGGUGUUCUUGUYUUCAAAGAUGAUCUCAGACAAAAUAGAUUUGCUUGGCAAAAAGUGAAUUUCCUGUCUUACAAGGGAAAGGAUUUCAAUAUUGAGAGCAGACCAGGAGAGCUUGACACCCUGACAACAAAGAUGACCUUCAAGAUGCCAUCAGAAAAGGCUGCNNNNCGGUUAUACAAGUCCUGCGUUGAACAUCACACCUUCUUCAGGUUGUCAUACCCUGAUCCUCCACCAAGCAAGACUGACACUCUUCUCAAGAAGGGCUCCAAGUUCCGCUACAGCGACAAAACCUUGUACCAGCUUCGCAAAGAAGGUUUCUCAGUCAACCAAGACCCACCCCAGUUUAUGCGAGUAUCAAGCAGAAACUGGUCAGACCGAUAUGAACCUGCUACUACUACAAUCAUUGUUGUACCUGAUGAGGAGUCCAAGAAACGUCAGCUSAAUGAAAAGGAGAAGCGCAACGAAGGUCCUAGAGACAAGAAAUCUAAGACUGGAGAAAGAGUGGCUCCCUUGUCUGAAGAAGAACUCAUGGCGACCAUGACAGUGGAAGAACGACAGCAAUACAAAARGAGAAUGGCUGAGCGUCUCCAGGAAAUCACCACCACCACMACGACAACCACUGUUUACUACCCUGGCCAGGAAGGAAAAGACGGUGCUCCUGUCGAGGAAGGAGCUGUCAAAGCUGAAGGCGUCUCUGUAGUAGACAGUGCACAAGUGGCUUAUGGUGUUGGUGAAAGGCCUGGCUCACAUGUGCGAGUUACAAGACUGAAUUCGGAGGAAGAGAGGGAGAAGAAGAGGAGAGAGGAGGAAGAAGAAAGGCUGAGAAAACAGCGAGAGGAAGAGGAACGAAGAAGAGAAAAAGAGAAGGAAAGAGAGCAAGAACAUGAAAGAGAGAAAGAACGUGAAAGAGAAAGAGAACGAGAACGAAAGAGACAAGAGUUGGAGAGGAUCCGAGAUGCUGAAAAAGCUGGUUAUGCUGCCAGGCAGCCACCGUCUGAGACAACAGAAGAAAAUAUGCUUGGGAAAAAGGCAGAGAAACACAAGCCAGCACCAGCAACCGCACCAAAACCUUACUCACAUGGUCACUCAACCCUCCCACCACGCGGAAAACCAAUUCAAAGCAUAGGCGACGAUGAUGAUGAUGAGGAACGAAGGAAAAGCGCUGGUGAUAGUCUCGACAGAGGAAAGCGCAAAGGUGUUCAGCUCAUCACCAAGGAGGAACUCAUUAGAUGCUACUCACCAGCUGGUUCAAAUGUGGAAGCAACCCCAGAACCYCAAGCGGAGCCAACUAGAUUCUCUCAAAAACAACGUGAGAGUGAUCAGGUGGCUGAAAACAUCAAACGACACUCGUACGGWAAAGAUCUGGACGAUACUCCUUCAGCGAUCAAGACCCAGAAAGUUACUAUUACACCUUCCAGGGAACCACCUGUUUACCAGAAGCGAGUCCCACCAGAGGUCAAGACCCAGUCCUACACUGUCAAUAGUGUAGGAGGUCCCGUCAAGCAGCCUGUGUAUGAGAAUGUCAAUGUCACGGAGACGAAAAACGUACAAGAAGCUCCAUCAAGCGCACCAGGUAUUAGCGACUCUUCCAGGGUCGUAGUUAGUGACAUACCUAGCGUGACAACCAAGAGGGUGUUGUGUGAUCGGUCUGCACAGCCUGUUGGAACUGUCACACCAGAUCAAGAAGGCGGUGUUGUCGUCACUCGUACAAUAACCAUCGAUGGUAAUGGCCAGACUCCUCCCGUCCAGUCGCAGGUGAUAAGACAUACCACUAUGCCAACAGAAAUUAUCACCAAGACUAUCACUAUUGAAGGUGAUGGAGGCCCYCUUACUGCUGAGGAGCUCAAGGAGAUCAUGGCCCAACAAGGCGCAAGUUUUGAUACUGAAGUCGUCACAACGACUCACACUACAACAACUCGACAACAACGUGUAGAGAAAACACUGAUGGAGAAAACUAGUCUGGUUGAUGAAGAUGGUAACGUCAUUGCUACAGGAGAUCCAGACACUGACAGU